AUGGGACUAUUUCAAUUCUCAGAUAUUCCGACUAUGGAAGACUUUGGGGCGCAAUUGAAUCGUGACCUACUCGCGCGCAUCGUGCAGAUAUGGAUCAUCUACCGCGUGGCUCUGAUGCUUUACAACAUCUCGCCAUGGCAUCCAUUGUACCAGUUUCCUGGCCCGAGGUUGGCCAGAAUGACGUUCCUGUACGAGUUUUGGUUUGACUUUGUCUGCCACGGUCGGUAUACCUGGCAGAUUCAAAAGAUGCACGACAAGUACGGUCCCAUUGUGCGCAUCAAUCCAGAGGAGCUUCACUGCAAUGAUCCUGAAUUUGUUGAUGAGAUUUAUGCAGUUGGCGGCCGAAUUCGGGACAAGUAUCAGCACUUUCUCAAUGCCAACUCGGGGCCGGUUUCGUCUUCGUCAUUUGGAAGUCGAGUGCACGAGGUCCACCGGAUGCGACGGUCAGCUGUCAACAAGUCUUUCUCUCGCACGCAAAUGAAAAUCCUCGAGCCCGAGAUUCACGAACUGACGCAGUAUUUCUGUGACAAGCUACUGGUCUGGGUCAAGGAUGAGCCUCUUGAUCUUGUCAUGGCGUUUAGUUGCUUCACAUCUGACACCAUAUCCAACUAUGCAUACGGCGAGCCCCUUGGUUUCCUCGCCCAAGACGGCUGGGAAAAGAAUUACAAGGCAGCGCUCAACGCUUUCCUGCAGACCAUGUACAUGUUUCGAUUCUUCACGCCGCUGAGACAUUUGGUCGUCUUGGCACCAUACACCAUGAGCCUGAUGCCAAUGCACAUGGCUAACCUGUUCAAGGAGCUCACCGAGACUCUGCCAUACCACAUCCGCCGAGCCACCGACGGCGAGGCAAAGACGCAGGGUCGCAUCUUUGCCGAUCUCCUCGACUCCAACUUGCCAGACGAGGAGAAGACCAUUUACCGACUAUCAGGCGAAGGGUUCUCGCUGACGGGUGCUGGAACGGAGACGACAGCGAACACACUCAGCGUGAUAACAUUUCACCUCCUUACUCAGCCCAAGGUCCGCGCCCGUCUGGAACAAGAACUCCAAGGCCAAGACUCGCGGAACCUGGACUGGCAGACCCUCGAGCAGCUCCCCUAUCUGUACGGCGUCAUGUACGAGGGUCUACGACUGAGCUACGGGCUCUCGACAAGACUGCCCCGGAUCGCCCGCACCGAGAACCUCAAGUACGAGAGCACCGACGGCAGAUUCAGCUACGUGGUGCCCAUGGGCACGCCCAUUGGUAUGAGCUCGGCCAUUAUGCACCACAACGAGGACGUGUUUCCCGACUCGCACGCGUUCAAGCCCGAGCGCUGGAUCGAUGCCAGCGGGCAGAAGAACCUGCGUCUGGAAAGAUUCAUGAUGUCGUUUAGCAGGGGAAGCCGGCAAUGUGUCGGCAUGAAUCUGGCGCUAUGUGAAAUGUAUCUCCUCGUGGCUGCGCUAACACUACGCGGCCUCUCGCAUUUGCACCUUUAUGAGACAACCAUUGGUGAUAUCAAGUACGAUCACGACUUGAUGGUGCCGCAGCCAAAAAGGGGGUCCAAAGGAGUGCGGGUAUUGAUCAGAUAA